UUUCAGCAGCAAAGAAAGCUGGGAAAGGGGAGUAAAAUGGGCUGCACUCCUUCUCAUAGAGUCACUGCUAAUCAGAAUUCAGAAUAUGGAAGCAAACCUUUGAAUAAGGAUAUCCUGCUGGUUGAUCCAGACAGUGAAGCUGCCUCAGUUCACUUGCCAAUCAAGGACUCCUCUCCUUAUGAUACUGAUGAAUUAUGUCAGAGAGUAAUUCAGAGUAAAGAUCAUUUCCUUGAAAACACACCAGAUGAAGGCAAAAAGUUUAAUUCCCUCUCCUUGUCUGAGGAUCCUUUAUUUCCUGAAGCUGAACAGGAAGAGAAGGGCAUGGACAGAUUGGUCUCAGAGACUGUGCCUGAACUGACUGAGACUUACCAAUAUGUGUCUGAAACUGUAAAGAUAAAAAAGCAAAACUCUUGCAAAUCAGAAAAAACUGUUCUGGAAAAUAGAAAUGAAAAGCAAAACCCAAAGAAGGGAAAGAAACAAAAGAAUGGCAGGCAAGGAAAACAAGAUCGCCAUUGUAAAACCAAGGAGCAGUCCUGCGCGCCUAUAUGCAAAGAGAAAAAGGUGGAUUUCCCAGAUCUGCUUGUUAAGGCCCACCAGAACGCAUAUGCCUAUCUAAACCCCAGCCUCUCCAAGUAUGAAAUUAUCUUGUGCAUAGCCCAUCAGGCUACAGAAACACAAUUAAUUUUACAACAGAUAGUAAGCUUUUUAUUACUUCGUUUUGAUGAAAUCAACCACCUUCUGGAGGAAAUGAGCAAAGAUGGAGAAGACCUUCUCAAAGAAGUAGGUGGGGACCUAUCUUGGCCUGUUGACAAAGGAUAUCCUAAAGAGCAACCAGAUCUUCUGCAACAGUUAUUGCAGUACACAGUCAACAAAAUGCAGCUGUUAAAUGGAACUGUGGCCCCUUUAACCUCUGAGGUUCUUCUGGAAUCCUGCAGUUUUUUGCAGUCUGCAGGUAGCAGCUUAGAAGAAAAACUGAAUGCAAAACAAGGUUUUGAAGAACGAUUGCUCAGGACAAUUAAACAUCUUGAAGCAGCUAUAGUUGGGUCUUCUCAUCCUCACCCCAAUGAUAGAACUCUCUAUUCUGAAGAUAGUGGAAUUGGUGUUGACAGUGAAUCAGUCAAAGACUUUAAUUUUCUUGAUAAACAAGGAGUAUAUGCAGGUUGCAAUUCUUGUUUGCCUCAUCAACCUCUAAAUGAGACCACUGGGAAGAGAACAGUAUGUGGAAGAGAACAGAAGUUGACAUGUGCCUCUGUAUAUGCUACAACUAGAUCCCAUGACUGUGCAGUGGAAAAUCGUUUUAAGGAUAUAUUUUACCAUUCUGCUCAUACUAAGGAUGAAACAUUGUUUUCUGGAAAAGUAACAGGAAGUGCAGUCAGUGUUCUCCAACAUCAAAACCUUGACAUCAGAAUUCCUCUUAACUCCAUGAAUUCUGCUAUCAUUCAUGAGGAUGAAUGUGAAGAGUGUGAAUCAACUGAAACUUCUUCAACCAGUGAAGAAAAUGAUGACAGUAGCUUAUCUGAGGAAGAAAGUGACAGUAUGUUAGAAAAACGAAAAGAGGUGUUACCAAAAAGAUUAACAACUGCAUCAAAAGACAUUAAACUGAGGUUUUCCACCAAACGAAUGGAGACUCCUGAGAAGGAAGACAUUAUAUUGAAAAUGAAAGAUGCCAUCAGUGAAAAGAUCAAAUUUGUCCCUGGAAAAACUGAGAAGAGAGGAUGGAUAGAAGAUGAAAAUGGAAGAGCAGUCCAGGUGCAACGACCUAGUACAGCUUCUAGAAGUCAGAAGACCAAAGUGAAGCAGAGGCGGUCUAAAUCUGCAGAGUCCCUUAAAAGUCAAGCUGAGGACCCAACUCUUCUAGAGCUUCAAAGGACUCAAAAGGACCUCAAUAAAAAGUUGGAAAUGUUUUACACACAUAAUGACAAUAAAGAAACAAAACAUAAAUUGGCAUCCAUGAAGCAAAAACAACAAUCUGAACUGCAAGAUUAUGAGCAUGUUACUCAUAGAUCUGCCACUAAUAAACUGAAGGCAUCUCUGGCCAAAAAUUUCAGCAUAUUACCUAGUCAAGAUAAAGUCCCUUUGCUUAAGCAGGAUCAAAAUGCUAUCAGAGAGAAGCCUGAUGGAAGGAAAUAUAGAAAGUUUACCACAACAACCAUGUGCUCACAGGAACAAACACAUGAACCUCCUCGGACACAGAAAGUAGACAGUGUUGCUUGCGCUCCACCUUGCAAAUCUGUUAAAAAGCUCAUUGAAACUUUCAGCCCUGGUGAAGGUCUUGUGAAAACCAUAAGUAUGAGAACUUUGGGGCCAAUAAAGUGUAUCCAAAAGUUUGGACUUCCAAGCAUUACCCCCAACCUUCCACUCCCAAGAGGGUUUACCCCUUUAAAUCAGAAACACAGAAUUUCACCAAUAGGAGAAUCUGUAUAUUUGACGGAGAAAGACAGACAUGAAGAAAUAGAUGAAAACGACCAAGAAAACCUUCCACUGCCACCUCCAGAAAUGUUAGAGGGCCUUUCGUCUGACUCAGCUGACUCUGCCAAAGGUGCAAGGACAGAAAGCGGCUAUUCAGAAAUGAUCAACAAGCCUCCCAAGAUGACCGAGCAUUGCACCACUAAGAAAAUGUCUCAAGUUUCUCAACGAAUGAAAGCUUCACUGUUUUCCAUUGACUUGCUACCAAGUAAGAACCGCAAUAGUCCCAACUUCACUGCCAACAAAACAUCAAAAAGCAUUGCAGACUCCAAGCCGAGGAAGUGGUCCUUGGAGUUGAAUUCUGCCGAUCUGCCUGAGUCUCCAUUAGUAUCCCAUGAGGACUAUAAAAUGAAAGAGGCUGCAGAUUUGUACAGGCAAAACCAUAAAAUAAUACUUCUUCAAAAUCCCAAAGAAAUUCCAGAACAGAAUGAAAGGGAUGCAGCAAACAACGAAUGCAAAGCUCCUUUAGCUUUGGCUCAAAGGCAAAGCUCACCUGACUCAGCUGGGAAAAGUGAGACAACAAUAGGUUUUGUCAGGCGAGUUUCCCUAGCAAGGACCCCUCCUUCUUCACCGCCUAGUGAGAAAAGGCUCUCAAGCCCACCACUACAUCACAGACGCAUUCUUCAGGCUUUUUGUCCAGUUCUUCACAGGCAACCUAGUCCUCCAGCAAGCCCCAGGGCAACAAGCCCUCCAACACAAAGGAAAAUGCCUUCACCACCAUCCCAACAAAAACUAUCCAGCCCUCCAAUGGGACGCAAACAACACAGCCCACCAACCCACCGCAAAGCAUUCAGUCCACCGUCCCAUCGCAGAGAGCCAAGCCCACCUCCUUUCUCAACUACACCUUCCCCACCAGCAUCUCCAUCUCGGUUGCAUAAAGGAUUACAAAACAACUUGGACUCUGGGGAUGAGCAGCAGCCUGCCUCCCCAAAGAUUGUCAGCAAUGCACACUCAAUAUUUUGCCCAGCCACUUCUUCAUUAUUUGAAGCCAAGCCACCAUUGCUGCCUAGCAGUUCCACCACAGAUGCUAACCUCAGGGGCCAUUCUGAAAUAUCUGCACAGAAGAAUAAAAUAGAGGCCAAGCAAUAUGGAGAGCAACAGAAAAGGGUGGUCAUCAAUGUUGCCAAUCCCCAGCCUUUCAUAAGGAGAAGCUUCUCUGACCGCAGGCCGGGGUUCCCGGUUCCAUUGCCAUUGUUUAUCUCAGCUGCUAGCGAACCUGUGCUCAGCCAAACCAGCAUGGAAGAGAAGUCCAAGAAAGAGGGGGACCCUGGGAAUCGCACAUGUUUCUCUGAAAUCAAGGGAACAGGCAAGUCUUCCCAUCUUGAUCUCUUCAUUGUGGGCCAAGGACUCCAGAAGGAUUAGAUGGAGCCAAGGACUGAGAAUCUUUACAUGAUCAAACAUCUGUCCCAAGCUUUUGAGUUUUUUUUUAAUGUGUAAGUUACCCUUGCUAAAAUGGAAUGGAUAUUGGGUGGAAAUAUAUUAUGCUGAAAGCUACUGAAAAUCAUCUACUCCCGUCCACCACUUAAAAGUAUGAUCAUCCUCCGUUUGGCACCCAAAAAGUAAUGUAUACAGUACAAGUCACCAUGAAUCACAAUAAGGGAGCAUGCACACCAAAUAGAAGUACCUACAGAGCAAAUAGCUCCAAAUGACUUAAGGGAGUUAGCCAAUUUACAUAUGGGGGAGGGCAAGAACAAAACAAUGUCUAGCUCUGUUGUAUCAUAUCUGACUGUUUGGACGUUAUUACAAAAUAACACUGAGUGUGUGCUGAAGUAUUUAAAAACACCAUUUACAAUCCAUUGCUAUAAAGAAAGAAACCACUAUCAAAGGCUGUACUAUCUAAAACUAAGAGGUUAUGGCAUGUUUGCAUCAGCAGAGUUCAUAUUCUUUGAUAUGUGAAACAAAAAGUAAGCAAAAAUCAAGAUUUUCCCAAAGCAGUAAUGAGGUAGAAUGAAUAAGUGAUUUUAUUACAGCACUAUGGACUUUAUUCCCAGCAUUCAUGAUGACUUGUUCAUACUGUGUAAAUGAAAAUAAUGUCCAGAGAGAAGUGAUCCAACAUCUCUCAUAGCAAAACCUGAGUAGACAUGGCAUCUGGUAGCCAGAAUUGACCAGUACAGACAAACUGUAAGACGUGGAUGCAUGUUAAUAUAUCCAAAUUGUUUCUGACCUUUUGCUCUUCAUUGGCUUUGCAACAUGAUUGGUGCAGGGGACUGAAGGUCAAGCAGCAAAUAAAAAAUAAUGUAUAUUAAAUGAUAACUCUUAGAUUGUCUUUCUUUCCGAGGUCUAGCUUUUCAGUUGAGUGUAACCUUAGAUACUGGGUAAUCUUUUUUCUCCCCCAUCUCAGAGUACAAAGUUUCAUCCUGGUUAGAGUAAACACAUUGUGCCCAGUCAGGCCAUUUUGAAAGCAUUCAGAAACCUGUACAUCUGAGUAUUCCAUAAAGCAGAGGUAGGUCACAAUCAACUGAGCUCUUCUGUCCCUUUGUUAACAUUCAUUUGGUUCAUAAUGUGUGGUGGACUAGAAAGAACUUUCUGAUGUGCUAUAUAAUUUUUUAGAGACACUGCUUAAGACAUAAUGAUGAUAGAAAUGAGGAUACAGGUGGGACACAUAUUUGUUGAUGGUAAAAGGGGAAUAAUUGCAUAAAUAUACACAUCUCCAAAUUUUUAUAUUAAUUUAUUUUAUAAGAUUCUGUAUUGAUUUAUGGCUUUUAAAAUUUCUGUAAAAUCACAUGUAUAUUUGUGUAAAUGUCACACUUUGCACCAACUUUGUAUAUUUGUGAAUACAAAUAACUUAUUAUUUAUUUAAGAGUAUAUUUGUUGCUUUACCAAUCCACUGUGAAAAAUCUAACUCCACAAUAAAUUCUUUUCAUUUUUAAGUUGUAAA